AUGCCGGGCCGUGGACGUGGUCGGGGCGGGUUCCGCCAUGACACGCUGCCACGCACGGUGCUGGUGUCCAAAGCACUCUCCCGCUUACUGCGCCACGCUGCCGUUGACGAACGCAUCCCCAUCGACAACCACGGCUACGUGCGGAUGGACCACUUGCUGGGCUGGCAGAAACUGCGCAGCAUGAAGCCGCCCGUGACGUUUGCUGAGGUUGUCGAGGUCGUCCAGGAGAGUGACAAGAAGCGGUUCGCGAUGAAGUACGUCAACCCUGACGCCAGUGUCCAGGUGAUCGAGGCGGAUUCGAAGACAUCACCCGAGCCGCAGACCGAGACGACGCAAGCAGGGACGGAAACGGAGACGCAGCGCGCCAUAUCGACGUUCGAGUCGCUGGGAAACGCGGACGAGGCCGACACACGGAGGUUCUUUAUCCGCGCCACGCAGGGCCACAGCAUGAAAGCCGUCGAGGCCGAGAACCUGCUGACGCCCAUCUCGCUCAGCGACCCGGCCACGAUCCCUGACACGGUCGUGCACGGCACGUUCUACGGCGCGUGGGACCGGAUCCUGCGCAGCGGCGGGCUGAAGAGCAUGGCGCGGAACCACGUCCAUUUCGCGUCGGGCCCGUCGUUGGCCGAAGUCCUUCCAGCAGCGUCCUCGUUUGCGGCGGCGGCGGACGACGAUGACGUUGGAAAUGGCACUGGGGAUAAACCUGAUGAUACCGACGACCUCGGAAAUGGAAAUGGACAUGAUGGGAAACGCCCUGCCGCAACAGCCCGGCCGAAACACAAGCCCGGAACGCCUCCUCUGGGCGCGCUGCUGGGCAGGAACAAAGUCAUCAGCGGGAUGCGCAGCGACGCACAGAUCCUGAUCUACGUGGACAUCCGCAAGGCGCUGGCCGAGGCGCCGACCAUGAAGUGGUGGCGGAGCGAGAACGGCGUCAUCCUCUCCGAAGGCGUCGUGGCCGCCGGCGCAAAUGAGGAGAAGGAGGAGGAAGAGGAGGAGGAGCAUGCCACGGCAACAACAGAGAAACUGGUGCCGAUCGAGUACUUCGUCGCCGCCGUCGAGGUCAAGCAGGGCCUCGGUCUGCUGUGGGAGGCCGGCAGGGGCUCAGUCCGCGAACUGCCCGAGAAGCUGCGCACGAGGGGCUUGCCGCGAGGGAAAGGAGAAGGGCCUAGAGGUAGAGGCAGAGGUAGAGGGAAAGAGAGAAUUGCCUAG